AUGGAGUUCAUCGCGAAGCAGGCCAUCCAGCAGAUAGAGGAUCGCGAUACAGCCAAGGAGCCACCCCAGAAGGUCAUAAGGAUUAACACAAUCCUAGUCGACUUCGAGGAGUCCGAACUGACCAACAAUGAAAAGAAGAGAAAUAUCAAACAGGCCACCAUGAUCUCUCAUGUCUCCACUAGUUUCCCAUUGGUAGAAGACGAUACCGUGAUCGGCUUCCAAAAGAAAGAUCUAAUCGGCCUUGAUCUACCACACAACGACGCCCUUGUCAUUACCAUUCAAAUUGCUCAAGCCAUUGUCGACCGAAUCCAUACAGACGAGGAUAAUGCAGUCAACAUCCUACAAUUGGUGGUCAUCCAAUAG